GUAAAAGAGAUCGACUACGACGAGGAUGAAUACGACGAAUAUUACUCGGGCGAAGAAGAGUAUGGCUACGAUGGCGCCGACACUGGAGACGCACCAGCCGUCGCCCAAGAGGACGAACUGAGCGCCGAGGACAAAGAGCAGAUGCGCAUAGGCACCGAGAACGUGAGAGCUGCUCUAGGAGACGUUGCAGACUUUGUGACCGACGAGGCCAUACAAGAAGCCCUAUGGCACUACUACUACGAUGUCGCCAAGUCCGUCACCUACUUGAAGAGUAUGUUGAAGCCUCGCCGACCCACGCGCCUCGAGCUCAUGGCUUCCANNGAUCAAAAUGCUCCCCAGCAAGCACAACCCAAAGAGAAGAAGCAGAAGCAAGCCUCCAAGUUUGACCAGGCUGCCACAUCGGCUGCUCAAAAGCCAGUUGAGAUCAAGGGUACUCCACUGCCCCGACCGCAUACGAAUCCUGCCGACCUCUUCACCGGCAUAUCUUGGUUCAACGUCCCGGAAGAAAGAGUCGGAUGCAUAGUUUCUGAACAGGUCCGACCACCGCUGCGUCUACUCGGCGGCACUGGCAAGCCGUCCAAGCUGGCCGCUCUGGCAGCUGCGAGAAAGAAGAAAGAAGCCGAACAAAAAGCUGCUCAAGAUGGCGCCCAGUCCGAGAAGCCUGCUGGCGUCGCAUCGCUCAUGGACCGUCUUGGUGCAAGGUCCGCUCAGCCUGCGAAUCAGGAAAACCACAAGCCUGGAGAAGUCGCUCAGCAACUUGAGACCCGCACCUUCCCCAUCCGCAAGCGCAAAAGUCCUUCUCCGCCACCACCUGUAGAGGACCGCAGACCUGCUGCUCCAGAACCCACCAAGAUCGAAACACCAGAGCCAGCCACGAAACCCGUCGAACACGUGCGCGCAGGCCCAUCUAUUUUCGCCAGCACAAUGUGUGGUGGCAGCUCAAGAAGGCGUUAUUCUCAUCAAGACUCCGCCAUUCUGUCUCAAAACAUUCUGCCAGCCAUUUACGGCCACGACGCGAACCUUGCUAAUACCAAUGCCUUCUCAGCCUCGGGCGCAAAGAAACAGGCUUCCCAACAAAAAGACUCCAAAUCUGUCACCAAUGGUGUCUCAUCUCUCAGUCUGGAAGAGCCGCAACAGACGAGUCAAAAGGUCAAGAGCAAAAACUUGGACGUCCUCGCAGAACACGCAAAGGCUGGACGUAAGAACGCCGCCAGCUUCGUAGUUAUUGGCCAUGUCGACCACGGAAAGAGUACACUCAUGGGACGCUUGCUGUACGAUCUCAAGGUUGUAGAUCAGCGCUCGCUCGACAAAUAUCGCAAGGAAGCAACAAGUAUUGGCAAAUCUUCAUUUGCCUUGGCCUGGGUGAUGGACUCGACCUCUGAGGAAAGAGAGCGUGGUGUUACUGUGGACAUUGCUACGAACAACUUCGAGACGGAAAAAACAAAGUUUACUAUCUUGGAUGCACCUGGACACAGAGACUUCAUCCCCAACAUGAUUGCCGGAGCAAGUCAAGCAGACUUUGCCGUUCUCGUCAUCGACGCCGGCACCAACAGCUUCGAAGCCGGUCUCAAGGGCCAAACACGAGAGCACGCCCAGCUCGUCCGCAGCAUGGGUGUCCAGCGCAUCAUCGUAGCCAUCAACAAGAUGGACAGCAUAAACUGGGCCCAAGACCGCUUCGAGGAGAUCCAACAGCAAAUUUCCGCCUUCCUGACAACCACAGGCUUCCAACAGAAGAACAUUGCAUUUAUCCCCUGCUCUGGCCUCACUGGCGAGAACGUCGUCACACCCGCCCCUGAGGCAGCAGCUUGGUACACCAAAUCGCCCACACAUCAGUCGCUCGUCCAAGCCUUGGAAGCCCACGAACCUACAAAAGCAGCUCUCUCCUCUCCCUUCCGCCUUCCCAUCUCCGACAUCUUCCGUGGCGGUGUCCAGAAUCCUCUAUCUAUCUCUGGCCGCAUCGAAGCCGGAAGUUGUCAGGUAGGCGACUCCUUGAUCGCCAUGCCCGCCAACGAAUCCUGCUCCAUCAAAGGCAUCGAAGUCGACAACGAAGCCGCGGACUGGGCGGUAGCAGGUCAAAUCGUCACUCUCCACCUGACGGAAAUCGACCCCGUGCAUUUGAGAAUUGCAGAUUUACUCUGCGAUGCACGCAAACCUGUACAAAACAUCAAGGCCUUUACGACAAAGAUUUUGGCAUUUGAGCAUGUCAUGCCCAUGACUGUUGAUGUGCAUAGGGGACGUAUGCAUGUGCCUGGCCGCAUUAGCAGUAUGGUGUGUGUGCUGGACAAGAGCACUGGCAACGUUACGAAAAAGAAGCCGAGAGUCGUGCAGCCAGGAAGUGUGGCUAGAGUGAGGGUGGAACUCGAUACUGCCGUCCCGCUCGAGGUCCCUGGUAGAAUCGUGCUGAGGUCAGGCGGUAAUACUGUUGCGGCCGGUCUUUUGGAGGAAGUGCAUGUA